UAGCAUACUUCUAGCUGAGUGAGUUCUGUUGUGUUGUGUUGUUAUUAAGCGUUACCGAGUGUUUUUAGCGAAAAUGGCGGAAUUUAUGUUUCUUGGAAGGCAAAAAAAGAUAUACGUAGUACGCAGGAACACUGAAGAAAGGAACUGUAGAAGUUUGUAUAGAUUUAACAGUCAAAACAUUAAUUGGCUGGCGAAUCAUUUUCUUCCGGAAAAUCACGAAAGAAGAGGAGGCGCCCUUUCCAAUGAAUGCAAAAUGAAAAUAUUUUUGCGCUAUUUAGCGGAUCCAGGUUUUCAGAUAGGUGUAGGAGAAGAUUUGGGAGUACACCAGACUACAGUAUCAAUAACAUUUUCGUAUGUUCUGCAACAGGUCAACAGGAAAGCACCGUUGUGGAUCAGAUUUCCGAGAAACAUUAACGAACUAGAAACAGCGAAAGUUAAUUGGCAAUCGAGAUACAAGUUUCCAUGUGCGGUAGGGGCCCUAGACUGCACUCACAUACCUAUAAUGAAACCUUCUUCACAUGGAGACGAAUACGUCAAUCGAAAGGGCUUUCCAUCUAUAAACGUGCAGGCGACGUGUGACAACAGUGAAAUGUUUACGAGUGUUGAUGCUUCAUGGCCAGGGUCUGUACAUGACGCUAGGAUAUGGAGAAACUCCGAUGUCUAUCGUAUAUUGCGUGAGAACCAGUGCAACGCCCUAAUUUUAGGAGACGAAGGAUAUGGCAUUGCACCGUGGUUAAUGACACCCUUUCAAAAUCCAGAAACACCUGAUGAGAGGGCAUACAACAGACUUCACUCUAAGGAAAGGGUGAUAACCGAACGGUGCUUUGGACAGGUGAAAAGGCGUUUCCCAAUUCUGCAAAAUAAAAUAAGGCUUGCCCAAACAAAACUCCCCAGUGUGAUAGUAGCCUGUUUUGUUUUGCACAACGUAGCAAAACAUGUAGGGGAUGAGGAUUUUGAGGCACCUAGUGAUGACAACAAUCUUCCAGUACUGGGAGAAGAGGAAGCAGCAAACGUACGUGUACGUGGAACAAAUAGGAGACGGGAAAUUGUAAAUGUAAUACGACAACUGUAA